CUUCAUAUCACCAGUAUUUUGCUUUCUUGUGUUGGAUGUGGCCUCAUUCUUCAUGAAUUCAGCUGAAGGAGAGAAGCUGGGCUUUAAAGUGACUUUACUUUUGGCGAUUUCUGUGUUACUGCUCAUUCUUAAUGACACACUGCCCUCUACUGCCAAGGAGGUCCCAUUGAUCGGGCUUUUCUGCAGUGUGAUUUUCAUUCUCAUUGGUAUCAGCAUUCUGGAGAGCAUUCUUGUGGAUUUUCUGAUGGCUAGAGGAGAUCAGAUUGAGGAUUCCACAUCUACUGUUACUGACACUGCAAAAGAUUCAAACAGCCUAUCGGACCCAGAAACAGAUCAAAGUGAAGACCGUUUAAGUACCCUGGACUGUCUGAAGCAAAUACUCGCUGAGUUUCGGAAUGCAGCCAAACCUAAAGGUGAAAUGAGGACAACCGGGUGCUGGCACAGAGCGGCAAUGAUAAUCAACGUUACUUUCAUUGUUGUCUACAUUCUCAGCAUCAUUGUGUUCUUGACAGUAGUUAGUAAAGCUUGGUUCACAGAGUGAUAUCAGAUGUUUUUUAUUUAUGAAAUGGCACAAGCCUUUUAAGCAUAAUGUAGCCUAAAAAAUUGAUUGGUCAAUGGUUUUUUUCUCGUUUUUUUCCAUUUAUACAUAUAUUCUCCUGUAUAUGACUUAUGAAUAAAAA